AUGCCGUUCACGGAUGCCACUCUGCGAGUUGGCUAUGCUCUGCUGGAUAAAGUGAGUCUGAUACCAGACUUUGUUAUACGCGCUGUGAUACGCGCUCUAUGUCGGCAGAGGUUGCGUGAAAUCGACCACGGCUCAUUCGAGGCCAACCAUGCUGCGAAGAUGGAAUGGAUUGAGCGGGUGCGCGCGCGAGAUAGCAUCGCAGAUCAUACAAAGAAAGCGAAUGAGCAACAUUAUGAGAUUUCAACGAAUUUCAUGCUGUCUUGUUUGGGACCGUACGCAAAGUACUCGUGCUGUCUGUUCCCAACAGGAAGAGAAACACUUGAGGAAGCAGAGGUCCUGAUGUUAGAUAGCUAUUGUCGCAAAGCACAAGUGCGGGACGGCAUGGAUAUACUCGAUCUUGGAUGCGGCUGGGGCAGCUUGACUUUGUAUCUCGCUGAGAAAUAUCCGAAGUCUCGCAUUACGGCGCUGUCCAACUCUGCAACGCAGAAGCUACAUAUCGAAGCGGAGAAAGUGCGGCGUGGAAUCACGAAUAUUGAGGUCAUUACAGCCGAUGUCAACGACUUCGAUUUUGAGAAUGGUAAACCGUUCGAUCGUAUCUUGUCAAUCGAGAUGUUUGAGCAUAUGAAAAAUUACAAGAUGCUCAUGGCGAAGGUGGCGUCCUGGUUACGUCCCAACUCUGACUCGCUGUUUUUCGUGCAUAUAUUCUGCCAUCGCACGACUCCCUACCAUUUCGAAGAAAAUGACGGCUGGAUGGCGCAGAAUUUCUUCUCCGGCGGCACAAUGCCUUCGCAUGAUCUUCUUCUCUACUUUCAGGAGGACCUCGCCCUCGUGCGCAGCUGGUAUCUCAGUGGGGAGCACUACGCGCGCACAUGCAGGGACUGGCUCAAGCGCCAGGACUUGCAUACCGCGGAAGGCAUUGAAGAGCUCCGAAAGAAUGCAUUUCUUCAAGGGCUGGAGGCAGAGGAGGGCAAGAAGACGUUCUAUCGGUUCCGCGUCUUCUACAUGGCUUGCGAGGAGCUGUUUGGGCUGAACGGUGGUCAAGAAUGGGGCAUCGGUCACUAUUUGUUCAAGAGGAACCAAAGUGCUAAACGGCCGUAGACCUUUGGCGGACUAUUCCGUCCAACUGCUUGAUUCCGACUCAUGCUGCAGAUAGGUCGAAAAUAGCCAGGAUAAUUGUCUUGUAAUCCCCAUUGUUACGCGUAUG